AACUGAAAGACCAGAGCUGAGCCGUUACUGCUCACAUCCUGGGGUCCGGGAGAGGCAGUGACAACGCCAGUUUUUCUCCCUUCCGUGGACUGCAUGACCCAAGAAGGACCCUUGGACCGGCUGAAGAGCCGCUAUGAUCCCUAAGCUACUGUCCUUCCUCUGUUUCAGGCUGUGUGUUGGCCAAGGGGACACAAGGGGAGAUGGGUCACUGCCCAAGCCCUUCCUCCGUGCCUGGCCCAGCUCCAUGGUACCUGCCAACAGCAACGUGACGCUGCGGUGCUGGACUUCUGCCAGGGAUGUGAACUUUGUUCUCAGGAAGGGAGGAACUAUUUUGGAGCUCCCACAGUCACUUGAGUCUACAGAGGGCCUGGCUGAAUUUCACCUCAAUGAUCUCAAAAGCAGAAAUGCCGGAGAGUACACCUGUGAAUACCACAGAAAGGUGUCCCCUGACAUAAGUUCACAGCGCAGUGAUGUCCUUCUGCUGUUGGUUACAGGACAUUUAUCUAAACCUUCCCUCAGAGCCUACCAUCAGGGUAAGGUGACCGCAGGAGAAAAGGUGACUUUGCAGUGCCAGACACGAGAUCGUUUCUUUGUGCCUAUAAUGUUCGCUCUGCUGAAGGCAGGAACUUCAUCGCCCAUACAGCUUCGGACUCCAACAGGGAAGGAGACAGAUUUCUCCCUUGAGAAUGUGACAGGUGGUGACUCUGGGAAAUACAGCUGUAUGUACUACCAGACAAGGGCUCCUUUCUGGGCCUCAGACCCCAGUGAUCAGCUUGAGAUCUUGGUGACAGUUUCCCCAGGCACUAUAUCGAGCGACUACACCGCUAGCGACUACACCACGGGUAACCUCAUUCGACUGGGUCUGGCCGCCCUAACGGUGGUUAUUAUGGGAGCUUUCGUGUUUGAAGCCUGGUGUAGCCAGAAGGCGUCUCCAAGUGGAUCCAGCCUCUCCGCCCCUCACUGGGAGAGGGGAGCAAGAGCUUUGGAGCAGCGUGGUUGCUGGGACCCAGACUACUCAGAGCAUUGCACCCAGGACGCAGCUAGAAGUGGCCAGAAAGACCCUUCCUGCCUCCCUCUGAAAUAUCACUGCUCACAUUCAGCUGUUCUCCCUCCUGUGGCGGCAGAAAUGAAGGUCCUUGGAACAGGCUGCAGGGCCAGUCUGGUCCCCACAUUCCUUUCCCUCUUCUGCUUUGGGCUGUGUGCUGGCCAAAGAAACAUAACAAAACAAGGGUCACUGCCCAAGCCCUCCCUCCGUGCCUGGCCCAGCUCUGUGGUACCUGCCAACAGCAACGUGACGCUGCAAUGCUGGACACCUGCCAGGGAUGUGAACUUUGCUCUCAGAAAGGGAGGAACUAUUUUGAGGUCUUUGAUGCCACCUGGUUCUGUGCAGGGCCCAGCUGAAUUUCCCCUCACUCAUCUACAGCUCAGUGAUGCUGGAAGGUACACCUGUGAGUACAGGGGACGAAAGGUCCCCUCCACAACGUCGCAGCGCAGUGAUUUCCUUCUCCUAUUGGUUACAGGAUCUUUACCUAAACCAGUCUUCCAAGCCCAUCCAAGUCAUAAGGUGACUGAAGGACAAAAUGUGAUUCUGAGGUGCCAGAAACCAGACUAUUUGAGUGGGUUUAAAAUGUUUGCUCUGCUGAAGGCGGGAACAUCACUGCCCGUACAAAAAAAGAGUUCAGAAGCGAAUGGGGUGGAGUUCUCCCUCCAGAAGGUGACAUUCAGUGACACUGGGAACUACAGCUGUGUGUACCAUCAGACAAUGGCCCCUUUCCACGCCUCAUACCCCAGCGAUCAUCUUGAAAUCUGGGUAACAGGAUAUUUACCUAAGCCUUCCCUCAGUGCCCACCAAAGUCCUAAGGUGACCGCUGGAGAAAAGGUGACUCUGUGGUGCCAGAAGCCAGCCCACGUGACUGGAUUUAAAAUGUUUGCUCUACUGAAGGCGGGCACGUCAUCGCCCAUACAGCAAAAGAGUUCAGAAGGGAGCGGGGUGCAGUUCUCCCUCCAGAACAUGGCAGUUGGUGACUCUGGGAACUACAGCUGUGGGUACUACCAGACAACCGCCCCUUUCUGGGCCUCGUACCGCAGCAGUUAUCUUGAGAUCUCGGUGACAGGUCGCACAGCUGCGGAGGGGAACGAUGACAUAGACCUGCUGGCCCUUAAGACUUUCCUAUGCAACCUGCGUUCCCAGCUCCAGGACGGGAUGAUGGCUUUCUUCUUCCUGCAGUCCUCACCUGGGACAGAGGAUAGAACUGGACAUAAGCCUCACCUAAUACAUGUUUGUGUACUUGCAUAAAUACUAAAAACUUCAGAGUCAGGCAGGGUAGCAGGUCCAUUCUCAGCGGCAGCGAACUCUUCCUCCAUUUGAAAGUGGAGGAAACGUUGCUUCCUGUAAUAUUUCUUAUUGCUUCCCCUCUAUUCUAUUUUGUGCUCUGGAGUGGCAUUGAGUCAAAUAUUGGAAUAUAUGUAUUUAUAAUACAUGUCUUUUAAAUUCCAUUUCAUAUGUUUUCAACGUCUUACUUAAUUUGGGAAGAAUUUCAGUCUAUCCCAUGGCAUCUGUUUGCUCUUGAAUUGCACCCAGUAUUUCUGAUGCAGAUGUAAAAUAUUGUCAAAUAUAUUUUCAUUUUUAAGCUCUGUUGUUUCUUAUCCUGGAGACCAUGUAUCGCUGAGCACCCUUUCACAUAUUAUUGUUUAUAUUUCUGAUAAAUUACUGAUUAAAUACUUUGCCCAUUUUUAA